UCAUCUUUAAAAUGAAACUUUGUUUAUUAAAAUAGGUCAAGAAUUACGCUUAAAUUCAACAUUUGGUGUUUAGAAUACAAGCUUUGUACAGUGGCGCCCCUUAAUACCUGACGUGAAAGAAACGAAGCUCUUACUCUGCGAUAAUUUUCAGAUAAAUACUAAUAAAAAUAAAUAGAUUUCACCAAGUUCAAUUGUCUUUGAUGAUUAUCGUGAGUGUUUUCUUCUGAAUUUCAAGGAGUUAAAAUCGAAAAUUUUAUUUCUGUACAGCGCCUGCGAAUGAGCUACAAGAAUCGUCAGAUGUUCAACUUUUUCGAAUUACGAGACGACUAGUGGAAUUCUGGAAUCAGACAAGGUGACACGAAAUUUUUUUCGUCCUCGUAAUUACAGUUCAUUUUAUCCUCAAAAUGAGCAGUUCCGACAGCAACGAUGACCUGGUUUCGCCUAUAAUGAAGAAAAGACGUUUAGAAGAAUCUUCAUCUUCUGAAGACGUUACCGAUAAAGAGAUCGAGUCUGAUACUCAAACUGAUUCCAGUAUAUCUGAAUAUACUGACUCCUCGGACAACGAAAGUAAGACCGAAGACGAGGAUACAAAUGCUACGUGGAAUAUCAUAGGAGGCAAUAGAGAACCAUUCCAAUUUUCUGCGAAGCCUGGCCUGCAACAAAUCGUACCAAAGCGUUUCAGAAAUAAAUGCAUGUUUUAUAUGGAAAAAUAUUUAAAUGAUGAGCUUAUUGGUAUUAUAGUAGAGCAAACUAAUUUGUAUGCUAAUCAAUUUUUACAAAGCCAACCGAAUUUAAAGCCGCAUUCAAGAAUGAAGAAAUGGUAUCCGACGUGUAACAAUGAGAUUAGAUGUUUUAUUGCGCUCUUGAUCUUGCAGGGCAUCGUAAAAAAGCCAACAUUACAAAUGUACUAUUCCAAAAGGGAAUGCAUUAGUACACCUUUUUUUUCUAAAGUGAUGUCACGAGACCGAUUUGUAUUAUUGUGCAAAUUUCUUCACUUCGAAAAUAAUCAACUUUACGAUCAGAAAAAGCCAAAAACUAAGAUGACUAAAAUCAAAACGGUUUUGGACAAUAUUUUAGAAAAGUGUCAAAGUUUAUAUAUUCCGCAACUUGAUAUUUGUAUCGAUGAGUUACUGCCAAUGUGGAAAGGACGAUUAUCCUGGAAACAUUAUAUCCCAUCAAAAAGAAAUCGGUUCGGUAUAAAAUUUUUGGUCUUAUGCGAGAGUGAGUCAGGAUAUGUAUGGAAUUUUUUCGUAUAUAGCAACAAAAAUACUGAUUAUGACCAGCGUUAUUUAGAAUUUAAAAUUUCUGAACGUAUUGUGCUUCAGUUAUGUAGCGAUCUUUUAUAUCGUGGAUACAGGCUAUAUUUAAAUAAUUGUUAUACUAGCAUUCCAUUGAUAGAAAAAUUAUGCGAGUAUAAAACAGACGUGGUUGGAACUAUUCGCAAAAGUAGAAUUGGCAUUCCUUCAGAUGUAAUCAAACUGCCUAUUAGAAAAGGCGAAUACGCUGUUAAGUUUAAAAAUAAAAUUAUGUUAAUGAAAUGGAAAAAUAAGAGAGAGGUUUAUCUCGCAAGUACCGUUCAUAAUGAUAACAUGAUAAAAAUAGAGAAAAGAAAAAUAAUAACAAGAAAACCAGAAGUAGUGAUUGACUACAAUAAAAAAAUGGGUGGAGUGGAUUUGAGCGAUGGUAUUAUCAUAGCGUAUUCCGCAGUAAGAAAAAGACUCAAGAAGUACUAUAAAAGAAUAUUUCUUCAUUUGUUAGAUAUUAUUUGUUUAAAUGCUUUUAUAUUAUAUAAAAAAAAUAAUGGAUCAUUAUCGCGAAUCAACUUUUUGAUGGAAUUUGUUGAGGAAACUAUUACUUCGUAUCAAAUACAAGGAGAAAAAUCGACACAAACAAUUCGGCAACCUACAUAUCAUGUAACCCGAUUAGUCGGGAAUCAUGUUCCGAAUUAUAUACCCGGAACUUCAAAAUCAAACCCUACGCGAAGGUGUUCACUCUGUUCUAAACGUAAGAUCAGGAAAGAAACACGUUACUUGUGUACUACUUGCAAAGUCCCAUUGUGUGUAGUACCCUGUUUCGGUGAAUACCAUUCCAAAACAGAAAUUUAAAUUUUUAACUUUAUAUGUAUUAUAUAUUCUUGCGUUUUUCAUUAAUUAUGUAAUAUAUGUGGGAUUCCCCUUCUCCUGUCAGUCUUUCAAAAGGAUAUCUAACAAGUAAAAAGGAAGGAAUUCCGCGAUGUUGUCAAUAGGUUGAUAUAGAAGGAAAACCUCUCUUCACGGAUAUGCAAUAUAUUUAAUAUAAAGAAAUAAAAAUACAAAUUAAUGGUAUAAUAAAACGUCUUCUUUGCUUGGCUACUAAACGAUGACUGCCUCUUGCUUUCUUUUCUUUAAUUUAUUUCUUUGGGCGACGAUCUCGCUAUCCCUAAUCGGUUGUUUAUUUUAUAUUGUUUAUCUUUUGCCUGAUUAUACCCGAUACUCUGGCCCAUUCAUGCUUAAGUGUUCUUACUCACACUCUCACAUUCUCACACCCCACACUCGGCCAUUCUAUUAUUUCUUCGGUCCCCGAAGAAAACUCUUCAAACGGUUUCAUAUAAUCUACUGCCGUUGUGGUAAUCUUUGGUCCUUCACCUUCACCCACACGAAUCACUUCAUAUCUAUUUUUCCCUUUACAUCUAGAUAUCUUAUACGGUCCUAGAAAUUUCUUAUGUAUCUUUAAUCCUGUACCGAAUUGUGUGCGUUUUAUCGCCACAAAAUCGGUUUCAUUGUAUACAAUCGCUUUCUUACACUUAUGGUUAUAAUUACGCUGAUUCUCUCCUUGAACUUUUGACAAGCUUUCUUUAGCUGACUGUCUUAAUUCUAAGCGUUCGUCUGAAAAUUGAGCUAUUGCUUCCUUCUCUAUUAAUUUUAAAAUUGUGAAAUCUUCUCGCUGUUUCAUUUUUUUACCAAACAUUACUUCAAAAGGUGACGUAUCUAUGCUACGCUGAUGAGUACUAUUGAUCGCUCUUUGAACUUUAUACACGUGUUUAUACCACUUAUCUAGCACAUCUAUUGAUAAUUUAGUCAAUACCGCAAUAAUAAUGCGAUUAAUCCUUUCAACUUGACCGUUUCCUCUUGGUAUACCGGUGGUAGUUAAAAUAUGUUCAAUUUUUUCUGCCAUACAAUACUAUUUA